AAGAAGAUAACCAUCCAAAAACUAAGCACCAAAGUCGCCGUUACUCGCCACGGUUUUCUCUAAUCUCGCUUCGAUCGCUCCAAGAAAAAAAAAAAUCCAAAUUGGAAGAGGGGGGAAAAAUCUUCAACAAGAGGAAAAGGAUCAACAUCAGAAGAAAGCGCCAGAUUCCCCAUUUCUCCUUUCUUCUCUCGUGGCUUAAUCGCGCGGCAACUAGCGAGGAUGGUGGCGAUCGAGAACCAGGGCCAGGUCGCGAGGGCGGUGGAGGUGGCACCGGCUCCGACGCCGGCGCCGCGGAUCCCCAAGGAGGCGCGGCGGCUGCUGCACGAGCUGGCGUCAGCGUGGGCGGACGUGGCGGACUGCCGCGCGCUGGAGGUGGUGCCGCUCAAGGGCGCCAUGACCAACGAGGUCUACCAGGUGCGCUGGCUCACCGGCCUCGGCGAAGUGGAGCCCAAGGAGAGGGAGGUGAGGAAAGCGCUGAUGCGGAUAUACGGCGACGGCGUCGACCUCUUCUUCGACCGCGAGGACGAGGUCCGCACCUUCGAGUGCAUGUCCCGCCACGGCCAGGGACCCCGCCUCCUCGGCCGCUUCCCCAACGGCCGCGUUGAGGAGUUCAUCCACGCACGGACACUGUCAGCUGCCGACCUUCGAGAUCCCGAGAUUUCAGCUCUUUUAGCUUCCAAACUGAGGGAAUUCCACAACCUUGACAUGCCUGGUCCCAAAUCUAUACUCAUUUGGGACAGACUGAGGAACUGGCUACAAGCUGCCAAGAACUUGUGCUCAUCUGAGGAAGCCAAGGAAUUUCGUUUGGACAGCCUGGAGAACGAGAUUACUGCAUUGGAGAACGAAUUUUCAGUUGAUUACCACUGGGUUGGUUUUUGUCACAACGAUCUUCAGUAUGGCAACAUCAUGAUUGAUGAAGAGACCAACAUGCUGACCAUCAUUGAUUAUGAGUAUGCAAGCUUCAACCCAGUUGCGUAUGACAUUGCCAACCAUUUCUGCGAGAUGGCAGCAGACUAUCAUUCAGCAAAACCUCAUAUACUGGACUACAGCAAAUAUCCAGAUAUUGAUGAGCAGAAGCGUUUCGUGAAGACCUACCUGAGCACUUCUGGUGAGGAACCUGAUGCGGAGGAGGUGGAGAAUCUGCUCCAAAACAUUGAGAAGUACACGCUCGCCAGUCAUCUAGUAUGGGGCCUCUGGGGAAUAAUUUCGGAUCAUGUCAACGAUAUUGACUUCGACUACAAGGAGUAUGCGAGGCAGAGAUUCGAGCAGUACUGGCAGAAGCAGCCGGUAACAAUAACUUCUUGAAAUGGUGAAUAAACACUCGUGGCCUCAGGAACUCCCUGAGGGCCUGCGCUGCACAUUUAAGUUGUGCAAUGUCAUUGACACAGAGAGAAGCUGUGAAUGAAGAAGAUAAUGAUGACAGAGAAGAACCCUGUUUCGGGAUCAGUAGUUCUUAUUCCGAAACUUGAUAAGCUUCAACUUCACUUGAAAGCUAUAGGGCUUUGGUUGCUCGCCUGUACAGUUUGAAGGCAAUGAAGAUAAAGGCCCUAGGUUGUGUCCUGCAUGUUCAGUUUGGCUAGCACUGCCGUGGGUCGUGGUGCUGUUUCUGUUGUGUUUUUAGUUAAUGUAUACUUGAUGAAAGUAUAGUGUUCUUUGGCUUCGUUGCUGUUGUUGUGCUUUGAGAUGAUGCAUCCAUUGUAAACUAUACAUGGAGCAGCUGAAACAGUCUGCUGUUCCAACGUUGUUGAUAAGAUGUUAGUAGUA